ACACAUUACAGAACUAGAUAGUACUCUCCAAGCAGAAGGAUAUACUAUGAAUCAACCUAUUAGUGACCCGACAACUGUAGGUAGAUUCCAGAUUCCGUUUGUUGAAACUGAAGGAGCUUUUGUGACCCCCCUCAGCUCUACUUCAUCUGUUAAUGAAACUAUUUUACCAAAUAAGACCUGUUAUUUAGGUUGCUCAAAUAAGGAAGGAUGGGGCCCAAUUUCUGCCAAGUAUGCAGACUUUACUCCAUGUUUUCUCCAAGGGUUUGCAGGCUCCAUUGCUGCCUUCAUAGUAAUUGGUGCUGCCUUAACUCAGACUCGUAUUCUUUUAAAGAAUAGAAAAAGCCUUGUUCCCAAUAAAAUCGAUUGGUCCUUCCACACUAAAUUAGGAUUAGUGUUGUUCCAAUUGUUUCUAUACGUUCUCCUUGUGUUUUUGACGACAUCAAAUGAUAGUAUCCGCUUUGCACUGGUGUUGGAAUUAAUAGCUGGAUUUUCUAUUCUUACUGUGCAUUACGUACAACAGUUCACAUCUACUGUUUCUAGUGGCGUUGUUUUGUUCUAUUGGCUUUGGCAAAUCAUCUUACGUCUUGGAAAUGUCCUUGGAUUUACUCUUAGAGGUAAGAUUCAUACCCACGUAGCGAUACUUUCCAUUUUGACUUUGGUCAAUGCAUCCGUUAUCUUGCUCGCAGAGUUAUAUUUCCCCAUGGUGCCUCCUAUUGGACAAACUCGUAAGAAACGCUCCCCCUUUGACACUGCAAAUAUAUUUGCACGUCUCACUUUCACUUGGAUGGAUGGAUUGAUGAAGAAGGGUUAUUCGAUGUACUUGACACAAGAUGAUUUACCCCCCUUACCUAAUGAAAUUAAAUCUUCAGUUACUGCAACUGCAUUCAGAGAAAAGUGGAAUUCUAAAAAGAGAGGUGCUCCAACUCUUUUUUAUGCUAUUACGCGAGCAUUUGGGUCCAGGGUAUUAGAAGGGAGUGCUUUCAAAGUGGUUAUGGAUGUUCUUGGGUUCGUUCAGCCGCAGUUGCUCAGGUUGUUAAUCAAAUUUGUAAAUGAGUACUCUGAAACAUUAAAGAAUCCUGAUUUACCCCCAGUUUCCCUUAAUAAGGGAUUUAUGAUAUCUGUUGCCAUGUUUGCAGUGUCAGCAUCUCAAACUGUAUGUGCUCAUCAAUAUUAUCAUAGAUCAUUUGAUUUGGGAAUGAAAAUUAGAACUUCAUUAACUGCAGUCAUUUAUGCAAAGGCAUUAAAUCUCUCGGGUGAAGCCAGACAAAAUUCAAGUACUGGAGACAUUGUGAAUCUUAUGGCAGUUGAUGUCCAAAGACUUCAAGAUUUAGUUCAAAAUAUCCAAAUCGCCUGGUCGGGGCCAUUCCAAAUUGCUUUAUGUUUGAUUUCACUCUACAAUCUAUUGGGAUCACUGGUUUGGGUGGCUCUUCUCGUGAUGAUUGUUUUGAUUCCCAUCAAUUCUCAAAUUGCUAGAAGACAGAAACAGAUGCAAACUAAACAAAUGAAGAUCAAAGAUGAAAGAUCUAGUCUUGUUAGUGAAAUUCUUAACAAUAUGAAAUCCUUGAAGUUUUAUAAUUGGGAAGCCCCAUAUUUAAGUAAACUUAACUAUGUGAGAAACGAAAAAGAAUUGAAAAAUUUAAAAACUAUUGGUGUACUUUCCGCUGUUUCAGUGUUUGCAGCAACUUUAUCUCCAUUUCUUGUUAGUUGUUCAACGUUUGGAAUCUUUAUCUUAUUUGAGGGUAAUAAAAGAACAUUGCUGACUGAUAUCGUUUUCCCAGCAUUAUCUUUAUUUAACUUAUUGAACUUGCCGUUAUCCGUUCUCCCACUUGUUGUUUCGAACAUUGCUGAAUCACAAGUUGCAAUUAAAAGAAUUACAGAAUUUUUGAAUGCUAAAGAAUUACAACAGGAUUCAGUAAUCAAACAUCCAAGAGCUGCAAAGAUAGGUGAUGUUGCAGUUCUGAUUUCCAAUGGUACUUUCUUGUGGUCAGAAAGAAAACAAAAUUCUGGAUCGAGUAAUGUUGCCUUAAAAAAUAUUAAUUUUGAAUCUAAGAAAGGUAGUCUUGACUGUAUAGUUGGGAGGGUAGGAUCCGGAAAAUCAGCAGUAAUUCAGGCCAUUCUUGGUGAUUUACAUAAAGAUUCUGGUACUGUUAAUGUUCACGGAAAAGUUGCAUAUGUUUCACAAGUUCCUUGGAUCAUGAAUGGAACUGUUAGAGAGAAUAUUUUAUUUGGUCACAAAUAUGAUCCUAAGUAUUAUCAAGAAGUGUUGGCGGCAUGUGCAUUGAAUUCUGAUUUGCUCAUGUUAACUGACGGAGAUAAGACAGAAGUUGGCGAGAAGGGAAUAUCCCUAUCGGGGGGUCAAAAGGCUAGGGUAGCAUUAGCGAGAGCUGUAUACUCCGGUUCUGAUGUGUAUGUGUUGGACGAUACAUUAAGCGCAGUUGAUGAACACGUUGGAAAACAUAUCACAGAUCACGUCCUUGGUCCACAUGGAUUAUUAAAAACAAAAUGCAGAAUUUUAGCUACCAACAACAUCAAAAUUCUUGGAAUAUCUAACAGUAUCAACUUGGUUAGUAAUGGGAGUAUUAUUCAACAAGGCAAAUUUUCUGACAUCUCUCUUAGAAAGGAUACGCCAUUAUCGCAAUUGAUAUCUGAAUUUGGUCAAAAUAAUUCUGAAGAUACUGAAGGCGUAUCAACCUCAACUUCAACGUCUAGUUUCAGCUCUAUCGAAAUUCCUGUUGGUUUCAGGUCAAGGAGAGGAUCGGAAGUAUCUUUAAUUCGUGAUGAAGAUGAAGAUGAAGAUGAUGGUGAUAGUGAUCAAGUUGAUGUCGAAGAAUCUGGAGAAUCUCAUAGAAGACGGGAACAUGUUGAGCAAGGGAAGGUGAAAUGGGAUGUUUACCUAGCCUAUAUUAAAGCAUGUAAUCCAAAAUCUGCUCUUUUAUUUAUCCUUGCUACAAUGCUAUCAAUUUUAGUUUCGGUUCUUUCCAACGUUUGGUUAAAACAUUGGUCAGAGGUUAAUACGGAAUAUGGGUUCAAUCCAAAUGUUAUUUGGUACUUAGGAAUUUACGUAGCUUUGGGUGUUUCUUCAUCAUUGCUCUCGUUAGCACAGAUGUGUAUUCUUUGGAUCUACUCUACGAUCCAAGGAUCUAAAGUGCUCCAUAGAGAUAUGGCAAUUAGCGUUAUGAGAGCUCCAAUGUCUUUCUUUGAAACAACGCCAAUCGGCCGUAUUCUUAACAGGUUUUCGAACGAUGUUUACAAAAUUGACGAACAAAUGGGUAGAGUAUUUGGGUUAUUUUUCACUAAUUUGCUCAAGGUUUUCUUUACCGUCAUUGUUAUUUGUGUGUCGACUUGGCCCUUUAUUUUCCUAGUCGUGCCUCUAGUAUUGUUAUAUACUCAUUAUCAGCAAUAUUAUCUCCGUACAUCCCGAGAAUUGAGAAGGUUGGAUUCCGUUUCCAGAUCUCCUAUAUUUUCUAAUUUCCAGGAAUCAUUGAACGGUGUUUCUAUAAUCAGAGCUUAUAACCAGCAAGAAAGAUUCAAACAGAUUAAUCAAUCGCUGAUUGACAAAAAUAUGAGAGCAUUUAAUCCGGCCAUCAAUGCUAAUAGAUGGUUAGCUGUAAGAUUAGAAUUUAUUGGUUCAAUAAUUAUUUUUGCAGCCUCGGCAUUGUCAAUACUAUUAUUGAGAUCUGGUGGUCUCACUGCUGGUAUUGUGGGUUUGUCAGUCUCGUAUGCCCUCCAAAUAACUAAUUCACUCGGAACAAUUGUUAGAAUGACAGUUGAAGUAGAAACCAAUAUCGUUUCGGUCGAAAGAAUUCUAGAGUACUCGUCGUUGACACCCGAAGCACCUGAAAUAAUUCCAAGUAAUAGACCUCCGAUCACUUGGCCAGAGUCGGGAAAAAUUAUAUUUAAAGACUACUCCACCAAGUAUAGACCUGAUCUUGAACUUGUACUAAAAAAUAUCAAUUUGAGCAUCAACUCAAAUGAGAAGAUUGGAAUUGUGGGUAGAACUGGUGCUGGGAAGUCAUCCUUAACUAUUGCACUCUUCCGUAUAAUUGAAGCAUUUGGUGGAGAAAUUGAUAUUGAUCUGGUGAACGUAAACAAAAUUGGGUUGUCUGAUUUAAGACGACACUUGUCCAUCAUUCCGCAAGAUUCGCAAGUAUUCCAAGGAACUGUUCGAAGUAAUUUAGAUCCUACUGAUGCAUACACAGACGAGAAAAUCUGGAAGGCAUUGGAACUUUCACAUCUCAAAGAUCACGUCUUGAAGAUGUUUGAAGAUAUAAGCGAUAAUAACGAAUCAUCAAAAAUUGAUUCUGCUCUUGAAGUACCCUUAUCUGAAGGUGGCUCAAACUUAUCAGUAGGUCAAAGGCAGUUGAUGUGUCUUGCUAGAGCUUUAUUAAUACAGUCUCCGAUUUUAGUUUUAGAUGAAGCAACUGCAGCAGUUGACGUUGAAACUGAUAGUGUUCUUCAAACAACUAUUAGGAGGGAAUUUCUGAAUAGAACUAUUAUUACAAUCGCGCACAGAUUGAACACUAUUUUAGAUAGCGAUCGUAUUGUGGUAUUAGACAAAGGGACUGUCGCCGAAUAUGAUACACCGGAAAAUUUACUAAAGAACGAGGGUAGUUUAUUCUACUCCCUUUGUAAACAAGGGGGAUUUUUAAAUGGAAAAUAGAUUUGAAAAAUAUAUAUUUUUAUACAUUACAAAGUAACAA